AGGAAGUGGUUUCACUUGGCCAAAUCCUAGGGUGACAGUAGAGUCGAGUCAAGUUUUUGGCGCCGUUGCCGGGGAUGACUAGGUUGUUGAAGAAAAGUGAUUUCUGUUAAUUUAGCUUUUCUUUUUGCUUUGUUUGCUUUGUCCCACUUAUGCCUUCACGGGUUUGCUUGCUUGAGUGUGUGUAGGUAGUGCAUGACCCGUAGCCAGUCAGGAGGUUUACUGCCGUUGAAUCCAGAGAUUGACCGCACCUGUCGCCAGCUCAGGAGACAACAGCGAGCUAGACUGGCUACGGAAGAGUGCAUAGACGCCACGUGAGCAGUGAUUCUGAAGAAGAGCACAGGAUGGACGGAGAGUAUAAUCCGCACCAGGGGAAUCCACAGCAGGUUCCCCCGGCGAAUCAGGUCCUGGGGAACAACCCCAUACCCCAGGAUCAUGGAGUUCAUCAUCCACCGCAACCGGGCCCCACCUUGGAGUACUACUACACUCCUCGGAUUGCUGACAUCCGCCCGGUCAUCCUCUACCCACCGAUCCCAACUAACAACUUCGAGAUCAAGCCAUGCUGGAUUCAGCUCAUCACAUCCUCGAUCCAGUUUCAUGGCUUGAAGGAUGAGGAGGCCAGGGUACAUCUGUCCCGUUUUCUGCAGCUGACGAACGGGUUCAAGCUUAAUGUUGUCCCGGAUGAUGCGAUCUGCCUUCAUCUCUUCCCCCAUUCUCUGGCGGGGAAUGCUAAGAGGUGGUUGGAGACCCAGCCCCCAUUGUCCAUCACCUCUUGGGACGAUCUGGCUGACAAAUUCGUGCACAGGUACUAUCCGGCAUCGAAGACUACAGAGAUUCAGCGGGAGAUCACUCACUUCCGCCAAGAGCCAGAUGAGUCACUUCGUGAUGCAUGGGAGCGAUACAUGGGAUAUUUCUGGCAGUGUCCCCACCAUGGCUUUAGUGAUGCUUUCACUGUGGGGAACUUCUACAGUGCCCUCUCUCCAGAUAGCCAGAGGGUGAUUGAGUCUUUAUGCCCAGGAGGGGAUGUUCUCACCAAGACUCCACCCGAGCUGAACCAGAUGAUCAGUACUUUGGCUGCCAGAGAUCAUUCUUGGGGACAGGGUAGCCGAGGCAGACAGUCCCGGGACCGUGGUGUGCACGCCAUGGAGACCAGAUCCGGGCUCGAGCAGCAGGUAGCCGAGCUAGUGCAGACAUUGAAGCAGCCCAACAGUCUGAUUCCGGGCAGAGGUUUGGCUACACCUCCAGUUGCUCAGUGUCAGUGGUGUGAGAGCUCCAAUCACCUAGUGGAGGACUGCCAGGCUAUGAGGGAGUCUACCACACCCCAGGAGCAGUUGGCAUUCAUUGCCAAUGCGCGGCGCCUCGAUCCAUACAGUAGCACAUAUAAUGAGGAGUGGCGCCAGCAUCCCAAUUUCGCCUGGAGCAGCAACACCACUAAACCACCUGGUUUCCCAGCACCAGCAGGUGGUUUUCAGCAGAGGCAGCCCUACCAGGCUCGACAGGGGCCAGUUCCACAGCAGCCAUUCCAGCAGCCCCAACGCCAGUUUGCCGAGCCAGCAGCAGCUCUAGCCCCAGAUGACAGGAUGACGAAGCUGGAAAACAUUCUAGCUUCAUUCAUGACGAGCACUCAGGCGACUAUCACGAGGUUGGACCAGAGCGUAGCCUCACUGGAGGCAGGUCAGAGGAACCAGGGUGCCAUUUUGCAGGAUCCGCAGACCCAGGUGGGCAUCUUGGCCCGCCAGACCACCACCAGGGCACCGGGGACUUUGCCUGCCACCACUGUCCCGAAUCCUCGAGAGCCUCACCAGCAUCAGCAGCUGGAUGCCAUUUUUACCAGAAGCGGUAAGACCAUAUCUGCUGAUCCUGUCCCGGCCAGACAGGAGGAACCACUACCUGCUUCAGCACUUCCAGCAGACGAUGCAGAAGUGCGGGUGGAGAAGGAAGCCCCUGCUCCAAAGCCACAACCAGUGGUUAAGGAGCAUGUAUCCCAGCUUCCCUUCCCCACUCGCCUACACAAAGACAAGCUGGAGACUGAGUUUGCCAAGUUCAUGGCAAUGUUGAAGCAGCUCAACAUCAGCAUACCGUUCAUGGAGGCACUGUCGAAUAUGCCCAAGUAUGCCAAGUUCAUGAAAGAUAUCUGCACCAACAAGAAGAAACUUGGGGAUCUUUCGACAGUGAUGCUCAGUGAGGAGUGUUCUGCUAUCCUGCAGAACAAGCUGCCCGAGAAGCGCAAGGAUCCAGAGAGUUUUACUAUCCCUCUUACUAUUGGCAGCAUGCAUGUAGGAAAGUCCUUGGCGGACCUAGGCGCUAGCAUUAACGUCAUGCCAUAUAAGUUGUAUAAAAUGCUAGACCUAGGUGAACUUAGCCCUACUAGGAUGAGCAUUCAAUUAGCUGAUCGUUCUAUUGUGCAUCCUAGGGGAAUCAUAGAGGAUCUGCUUGUUGGUGUUGGUGCAUUCACAUAUCCUGUUGAUUUUGUUAUUCUUGAUAUACAUGAGGAUGUGGAUGUGCCUUUGAUUCUAGGUAGGCCAUUUCUUGCCACCGCCAAGGCACUUAUUGAUGUGCCUGAUGGAAAAUUGAUCUUGCGUGCUGGGAAUGAACAGGCUACUUUUUCUGUGACUGAGUUUGAUCACUGUGCUAUGAUUGCUGUCACGCCUGUGAAUGCCAUUUCUGAUCAGGUACACGAGUCUGUCGUGUACCCUUCUGCACCUCCUAUUUUGCAGGAACCUCCUAUUUUGCAGGACCCUCCUAUCAUUCCUUCGCCGCCACUCCAUCCAGCCUUGCCUCCGAACAAAAAGCUCAAGGAGGAGUGGCGGUCGAAGCAGCAGGUUGCUAAGCCUGCACGGAAGAAGAGUGGAGACCACUAUGAGCUGGUCCCACCUCCCGCACCACGACCACCCUGGCCGUCUGGGUACUCGCUCUCCUGCAUCUUUCCAGAUGGGCAGGUCGAGCUGACUGAUGAGGGUGGUCGCAUCCGUCGAGUGCAUGGCCACAACCUCAAGCUGUACCUCAAGAGCGACGUGGAUCCGCUCUUGGAGGCACCUGUUCCUGCACCGCCCUGAGUAUCCACCAUGGGCGUCCAGCUAAAAGACGGUAAAGAAGCGCUUGUGGGGAGGCAACCCCACCACGGUUUGAUUUUCUUUCUUGUGUUUUGAGUCGGAUUGUAACCCGGUUUGGGGUUUGGUUUGUUUUCCUUUGGUUUGGAUGAUAUUUUAUUGGGCUGACCAUUGAACCUAACAUAUUGUGUCUGAGCUCUUCUGUUUCCCUUCGGCUGUGCUUGCCCCGACUGGCCCGUUUCCAGUCUCCUGCAGUCCGUGCAUACCGGUAACAUCCUUCCCUUAUCCUUCCCUCUUCUCCAUUGAGGGCAAUGUCGAUCUUAAGUGUGGGGGGAUGUUUAUCUUUUGAAUGCAUUAGAUCUGUUUGUGUGCUUGGAGCCUAAUCCACUGUCCAAAUUUUUAAAUUUGAGGGCUCCAAGUACGUGUUUCCUUGCAAUUGCCUGCUCAGUAUGCUUUGAAUUGACAGUCUUUAUAGUAAUAUGCAACCUAGGGAGGUAGUGUAGUACUAUGGAGGAUGUUGAUGCAUUUAAGAAGUCUCAUUUCUUCUUCAUAUUGAGUUGGUUGAUUGAGUGAAUUAGUGAUCUUAGGACCCUUGAAUUGUGUGGUGUUGUGGAUUCUCUGCCUGUCAUGGACUCUUGUAUCAUGUUUUGAAAAUAGCAGGUGCUCAAAAAUGUGCUUCAAAUAACGUCUCCCGUGCGAAUAGGGCGAAAGUGUGUAAGGGGAGACGGGAAUUCGUUCCCAAUUUCCACCUACUACCUCCAGCCCCCUUACAUGUCUUUCCCCCGCACGAGGCUCGAGACAUCCGCUCCUGGCAUGGCCGGUAAGAGCAGGUUGGGACCCUUGAAAAGAAAAGAAAAGAAAAAUAACAGAAAACAAGCAAAACAGAAAAGAAAAGGGGUCUCAACCAUCUUCAAGAAGAAAAUAGAGCACCUAGAAAAAAUGUGAGUCCAUGAUCUUUUGUUUUUGAGAAUCUCUUCAUCCACGAUUCACUUGUCCUCUGUUCACUAUUUGCCGUGAUGCCGACUCGAUAUUAGUGCUUUCGCCGAAGAAGUUAGGAGAUGACUUGUGCGUCGGUUGACCUCGUAAGCUGCUAAAUGAUCUAGGAAGUCCUCUACCUACGAUCUGGGUUGUUUGUUGCUAUAGAGGUCUGGAGAGUUGCAUUGGUUUGAGUUAGGUUUGCUUAGGGACAAGCAAACGGUUAAGUGUGGGGGAGUUUGAUAGACCGAUAAUUACACGUAUUUUCACCCCUAUUCUUGAGCCGUUUGAGAGGUUAAGUCUCGGGUUUUAAGCCGAUUUCACGCGAGGUUGUGUGUUUAUGUCGUAUUUCAGGACCCGGCGUUGGAAUCGAGGCGAGGGAACGAGUUCUGGGUCGAAAGGAGCAAAGUUGGGAAGAAGUGGGCUGAAGAAGGAAAAUACCCGGCCAGGGGCCAAAAUACCCGGCCGGGUAUUAUUCUGAGGCGACCGGGGAAGUCCCUUUUUGGCGUCUGAGAAACAGAAGGGGGCCCGGGAAAAUGCCUUAAAUCCCCGGUCGGGGAUUAUGAGGACAGACCGGGGAUUUUCCCCUUAAAUGAAACGGUGAGUUUUGC